AUGGAAGUGCCCGACAACACCAUAAUGGAUGAGACCGCUAGCAAUUUUGCCAAGGUCAAGCUUACCCCGGACCAACUUGCAAGGCAGAGAAAGAAGAUUGAAAAGGAUAAACGAAGAAAAAUAUACGAUGAUCAGCAAAUCCAAGGUACAAACAAUUCAUCAAUAGUUUCUAAACGAAGUGUUGAGAAAUUGUAUUUCCCCGAACUUAAUCCAGAAUUAGGAUCAUGGUUUGAACAUUUUGUGAAGGACUCGACUACGGGGAAGAGAAAAUGGAAAAGACGGUCCCCUGCGAUCAACCGUGGAUAUUGGAUCAGAAUGGAGAGUAUACGUGGUGUGUUGAUGCGAAUAUUGAAAUUGAACUUGGGACGUAAGAUUAAUGUGAUUAACUUAGGAUGUGGUUUUGAUCCACUACCAUUUCAAUUGUUGAAUAUUCCCAAAGAGGGCCAUGAUUUGAAUUUCAUUGAUGUUGACUACCCCGAUUUGGUUGAAGAAAAGUUGAGACUAAUUGACGCAUCACAAGAGAUUUGUGAUUUGAUUGGAGGUAGACAAGACGUAAAUGGUUACAAGAUUUAUACAGAUCGGUAUAAACUACUUGGGUGUAAUUUGAAUGAGGCUAACAAUUAUGACGCUUUUAUAAAAAGUUUGGAAAAGGAGAAAACCAAUGUGGUAAAUAUAUUUAUUGCUGAAGUCUCGUUGGCUUAUAUGAAACCAGAGCCAGCCAAUGCAGUGAUUGAGAAAAGUUCCAAAGUUCCCAAUAGUCAUUUUAUUAUUUUGGAGCAAAUUAUGCCGGAUGGUCCAAAUAGUGCAUUUGCAACAAAGAUGCUUUACCAUUUUGAGCAUUUGCGAAGUCCCAUUCAGUGCGUCCGUUCAUAUCCAACAAAGAUGGAGCAACAUGCACGGUUUAAAAGAAUGUAUAAGCAUGUCGAGAUUAAAAAUUUGUUAGAAAAUUGGUACGAAUUGGUUCCCAACGAUACGAAGCGGAAGCUUGCACAGAUUGAAGAGUUUGAUGAAUGGGAAGAGUUUAUCAUUUUCUGUCAGCAUUAUGUAGUUGUCCAUGCAACAAAUUGUGAUGGUGAAGCUCAAGGGAAGGUCAAUGGUAUUGUGCAGUUGGUCUAUAAACAUGAUAGUCUCCAUGAUGAUUUAAUCUAUGAAAAGUUUCAAGUUGAUAAAAAUGUUGAAUUUAGUCAUGAUUUGAGGUUUAGCAAUGACGGCGAGAAGGAAGAGCUUUUGCAACUAAAGUUUCUCGCUGUAGCGCAAUUAAAUGGCACUGUUUACAUCAAUGGUGGGUUGAAGCAAACGAGAGUGGAUGAUACGUUAAAGUUGGAUUAUCAAUCUGCCUCUAUUGAGAAGAUGGAUUAUCAAUCUGCCUCUAUUGAGAAGACGGAUGUUGGUUGUUCUUUUAGUGAACACGAUGGUGAUGGGGAUGAUGGAGCAAUAAAAAGUGUACCAUCUCCUAGGGUUUGUCAUACAUUGACACAAGUUGGUGGACAGUUGUUUUUGGUUGGUGGACGCACACGGCCGGGUGACUAUAAAGAUGAAAUAUAUCUGUUUGAUGGGUCACGAUGGCAUCUUGUUGCCAAUCUUCCAUCACCUCGUUCGAGACAUGCUUCGGUAAAAAUUUCGUCAUCGGAACUAUUGAUUUUUGGUGGUGAAUAUAGUCGAGAUGGGGACUAUGAAAAAGAUAGCAAAGACAAUUUUGCAGAUGAGGCAAGUACAAGAAGAGAAAAAAGUAGCAACUUUGUAAUCUUCAAUACUGAGUCUCGCCAAUUUGAAAAUGUGCAAGUAAAAUUAGCAGGAGAAGGUGAAAAAUUUGAAAAAUUUGAAAGAGUUGAAAAUUUGUUGAGCAGUACUCUUGUUUAUGAUAUCGAGAGCAAUAUUGGUUACAUAUACGGUGGAAUGAGCGAUGGUUUUAUCCCAAUUGUUAAUGACAAAUUAUACCAAUUUUCUCUUGCAAGAGAUGUUGAACAAGAAAAUGGGACGUGUACUAUACAUUUAAAGACUGUGACUCAACAUGUCUUGUUUUCGCGGAUCGGGAGUCAAGCCAGAGUCAUUAAGGAUUCGACAUGCAAAAAUAAUCAGUAUUUUGACCAUAAUAAUGAUCAUUAUGACACGCUGCACAAAUUGUUGAUUGUGGGCGGAGUCUCACCCAGAACCAUCUUUACAAGUCUGACAAAUGUCAUGACUUUCAAUUUAAAGAGUUUGCAAUUUGAGUCUGUCUCGAUCCCUGAAUCCAUUGUAACUUCACAUCCGCCCAUUUUCAUUGGCUUUGGAUUAGUUGAUGUGCAACACGAACUUGAUCAUGCGACAUUGAAACAAGUGCACAAUCCCGCGUUGUAG